UUGGUCAAGAAGUGUCUGCUAAAUGUAAUGCAAUGUAAAUGUAAUGUGUUAAUGUUGUAUGUAUCUAACCAGGUAGGCCUACAAUAUAAAACUUGAUAUCAGUGUAUCAAUCACAUACUGGCCACAAGAGGGCAUUAUUCACCCAUUUUAAACCAGUCCCUGUUCAAUAGCACUUUCGGACUGUAUUGAAAGCUCAUCUGCAUUGCAAAGCAAAAUACACAACAUCAAUUGUACCUGUCUUUCUAUAUAGACUAGCUACUCUGAUAUGUUACUUUAAUUGCUGGACCGGAUCACAUUUCCAGACCGGAAUUCUGUCAGAGAAUGGAACUGCAUAAGGACAUGUCUAGACAACAAGUUGUUUCAGUGUUGGAAUCCUUUUCUGCAUUGAUUUCAUUUGUAAAUUAAUACAUAUUUUGCAAUCUUUUGUUUCACCCAAAAAACUUUUCAUCAUAAUUUAUGCCAACUGUUACGGUAAAGAGCACCCCAGUGAUCCACCCUUGGGAGUCCAUGUCACAGAGACCCAGAGGCAUCCUGCCUCGCUCACCCUCUCAUAGGCUUGACCACAUAAUCACUGGCCUUGCAGCCUUAGCCUGCGCCCUCUCCGUGUCACCACCCUCCAGCGUCUGGAUAAAAGCUGGGCGCAGGGUGGGGGUAACCUCUCACUGGGAUUUCUGCUCGAAGGGAACACAGAGGGGCACAGGGCUAUCCGCAUUAGCAUCUGCAUUGUGAACCAGGACACCCCCUCAACAAACAAACACACACACACACACACACACACACACACACACGCGCGCGCACGCUCACACGCUAUACAGCAGGAUGGACAACGCCACUUACAACUACUCUUCCGACUGCACCCCGCUGACCAGCUGCAAGUCUGCCCGCAAGCCGGCUGGCUCCACAGCGGUGAACAUGGGCCAUGCUCCGAAGAGGGCCCCUAAGGACUACUUGCUCUGGUCUCUGUGCAACACACUCUAUGUCAACUUCUGCUGCCUGGGCUUCAUGGCUCUCAUCUACUCCAUCAAGGCCCGGGACCAGAAGACCCUGGGAGACUUGCGGGCCGCGCAGGAGUGCUCAGACAAGGCCAAGUGGUACAACAUCCUGGCCUCGGGCUGGAACCUGCUGGUGCCCCUGCUCCUCCUGGGCCUGGUGGUGCUGCUGCUGGUGCACCUGGGCACCUCAGAGGGCUCCUUUGACUUCUUCGGGGAGGACGGCUUCCAGACCUUCAUGAACCUCUUCAGCUUCAACUCGUGAGGUAGACAGACAGACAGAUUUGCAGACGGUAGCACUCACGAACCAACCGAGCCUCCUCCUCACAAUGGACACCUGCCCCUUCCACCAACAUCUACCUUUCUUUGAAGAGUAACUCCUUAUCCUUAAUUUCCUCAAAGUAACUUGAGUAUUACUUGACUUAUUAUUGUAUUAUUAUUUUUGAUCAAGAUUACUAUUAGCCCUUGGUAGAGCCUGAUG